AUCAAUAAGCUCUACACGUCCAACUUCCCGACUCGUCCAACAAACUCACAUCAGCAGCUAUUAGUCUUAUUAACUAGAUAAAGCUUCAAAAGACAUUCAAAAUGGUAUUAUCAGCUCGCCCUCUUUCCUCCUGCUGCAUUCGUCCCAUUUAUAGGGCACUCUCUACGACCACAGCAGCAGCUUGUUCUGUUCGCAAUGCUCGGUCUUAUACGCCGCUGCGCGCUGAUCUGACGUCACGCGCGGCCCUGGCGUAUAAGAGUUCACCUUCGACCCUAUUCAAUCCCCCAUCGUUACGAGUUCGUGCUUCGACGCGUUUACUAACUACGCAACGUGAAAAGGUCAAAGUUCUACUAGUCCUAUACGAUGGAGGCAAGCAUGCCCAAGAGGUGCCCGAGCUACUGGGAACGACCGAGAACGAACUUGGUCUCCGAAAAUGGCUCGAAGAUCAGGGUCACACACUCGUUACCACAUCAGACAAGGAUGGCGAGAACUCCACCUUCGACAAGGAGCUCGUAGACGCUGAGGUUAUCAUUACUACUCCCUUCCACCCAGGUUACCUAACAGCCGAGCGAUUAGCCAAGGCUAAGAAGCUGAAGCUCGCCAUCACUGCCGGUAUUGGUUCCGACCAUGUGGACCUUAACGCGGCGAACAAGACGAACGGCGGUAUCACGGUGGCCGAAGUGACAGGCUCUAACGUCGUGUCCGUAGCAGAGCACGUGGUGAUGACGAUCCUAGUCCUAGUCCGCAACUUCGUGCCGGCGCACGAGAUGAUCGAGGCCGGCGAGUGGGAAGUCGCCGCCGUCGCCAAGAACGAGUACGACCUCGAGAACAAGGUCGUCGGCACAGUCGCCGUCGGCCGCAUCGGCGAGCGUGUCCUACGUCGUCUCAAGGCCUUCGACUGCAAGGAGCUCCUGUACUACGACUACCAGCCCCUGAAGCCCGAGAUCGAGAAGGAGAUCGGCUGCCGCCGCGUCGACAGCCUCGAGGAGAUGCUUGGCCAGUGCGAUGUCGUCACCAUCAACUGCCCUCUGCACGAGAAGACCCGCGGCCUGUUCAACAAGGACCUCAUCGCCAAGAUGAAGCCUGGCUCAUGGUUGGUCAACACUGCUCGCGGCGCCAUCGUCGUGAAGGAAGACGUAGCCGAGGCGCUCAAGUCGGGUCACCUACGAGGCUACGGUGGUGACGUGUGGUUCCCUCAGCCGGCGCCCAAGGACCACAUUCUGCGAUACGCCAAGAACCCCUUCGGCGGCGGCAACGCCAUGGUGCCUCACAUGUCCGGUACGUCGAUCGACGCGCAGAAGCGCUACGCCGCCGGCACCAAGGCCAUCCUCGACAGCUACCUUUCCGGCCGUCACGACUACCGCCUCGAGGACCUCAUCGUCAAGGACGGCGAUUACGUCACCAAGGCCUACGGCCAGCGAAACAAGGCUUAAGCGUAACUGCUUAAACUCGAGCUUGAAACACGGAUGGCUAGCUUUCCGGAGAUGUCUAAUUACCUAUACUUUCUUGUAUGACACUUUUACUACUACUACUACUACUACUACCUAUUACUAAGUCAUCAUUAUUGGACUGAGAUGAUGGGAAGGAGGAGAGCCGGUUGGUUCCCGGCUUGCAGGUAGUUGUACUGACGAGCAAGGCUAUAUGAACCUAUGAAUCUCGUCUGGGACGUGUAUGGCUAGAGAGUAUUAUAGCAUAGCCAAUGUUUUGAACACGACCAACUUUUUGAAUGUCUUUUACAUAUGUUAGUUAUGUGUAAUAAGUUACAUAUGUCUUAAGCCACCAAGCUUAAGCCGCACCACUAAGAACUAGCUCUACCAUACCUAUCUAACUUAAUCCUCUUGUGACCAAAAC